GCGUGUGUGUGUGUGUGGCCGUGCCGGAGAGCUCCGACUUGAUUCUCACUCCGGGACCCGGUUCUUUAAAGGAAACGGGCUUCGCAGAGACAUCCGGAAAACGCAUCCAUGCGCCAGUGGCACCCCGCGUCCCGAAAUGCUUCUGACAACACAAAGCCCGGCUUCAAGGAGCUCCGAUAAGAAACCGCACAUGCAAAUCGGCAUGGGUGCGUCAACGCGGUUAUUUCGCUGUGUUUUGCGGAUGAGGCUUUGGAGCGCAGUCGUGCAAUGAGACAAUCGGGAAUGAUCAAGUAGACUUUAUUGAUACAUAAUCCGACAAUAUGGCUGAUCAGAGCAACAUCCAGUCCGCCGCCUCCAAGAGUAUACGGCCCUUUAAAUCCAGCGAAGAAUACCUGUAUGCCAUGAAGGAGGAUCUGGCCGAAUGGCUGAUCACCUUGUACGACCUAGAUAUCACUGCGGACACCUUUAUGGACGGGCUGGAGACGGGCUGUGCCCUUUGUCGGCACGCCAACAACGUGAACCGCGCCGCGCAGGACUUCCAGCUGGAGUACCCGGAGGCUGCACAGUCCAUGAAAGUGCCAUGUAAAGAUGUUGUCUUUCAGUCUCGCAAUGUGGUGCCCGGCUCGUUUGUGGCGCGGGAUAAUGUGUCCAAUUUCAUCACUUGGUGCAGGCAGGAGCUCUGGAUCAAGGACGUGCUCAUGUUUGAGACCAACGACUUGGUGGAGAGAUGCAACGAGAAGAAUUUUGUUCUGUGUCUCCUUGAGGUGGCGCGACGCGGAUCCAAGUUUGGCAUGUUGGCCCCCAUGUUGAUCCAGCUUGAGGAGGAGAUCGAGGAGGAGAUCCGGGACCAGGAGAGCUCGCGGGUCGACGCAGGGGAGCUACUUGAGCAGAGCCCGCCCAGCAGGUGUUUCGGUCGGAAGGAGAGCAGUCAGAGUGUGGAGGAUGAAGAUGAACCCGCUCCAGAGCCGUUCAUCUGGCAGCAGAAGAGAGUUUUAUGUGACAUGCGAAAUUUGGACGAGUUGGUGCGUGAGAUUCUGGGCCGAUGUUCCUGUCCAGCUCAGUUUCCUAUGAUCAAGGUGUCAGAGGGGAAGUACAAAGUGGGAGACUCCAGUGCACUGAUCUUCAUUAGGGUCCUUCGUACUCAUGUGAUGGUACGUGUUGGAGGGGGCUGGGACACAUUAGAGCACUAUUUGGACAAGCAUGACCCGUGUCGCUGUGCUGCGUUUGCCCACCGCUACCACCAGGCUAAAGCCAGUGGCCAAGGUCAGGGGGCCCAGAGCAAGUCCUCGAGCGCCCACUCCUCCCGCUCCACUAGCCCAGGUCCACACUGGCGAAAUGAUGGCAUAGCACCUUACAAGCCCCCAGACAGGCGCUCCAUGGAGCCCCCCUCUGCUCCAUGUGCCUCCUCUUCCUCUGUACGGACAGGCCGAUCUCAGAACACCUCGGUUCACACUGAGCUUGACUCUGGCGCAGCUCGUACUCUACUCCCACGGCCUCCACGAGACCGCUCAGAGCCCCGCCACUUUAAUCCUCUCAGGAACAAGGAGACAGUGUUGCCACUGUCAAGACGUCUGUCUGGGGACAGUGACUCCUCUACAGCUUCAUCUAAAGGAGGAGGAGGAGGAGGAGGAGGAGGAGGAGGAGGGGGACGGUACUCUCUUGGUGGUCCCUCACGGCGCUCUGGUGAAGAGGUAGUCCUGCUUGUGAAUCGCAAGGAGGGGAAGCAUGUGAUUGAGAGGCCUGGAGCAGGAAAUCAGACGCCAUCCUUGCGUCCCUCACUGCCCCGUGCACGCAGUCAGUCCCGGGAACGUGCUGCACUCGCUCCAAUACUGAAACCCAACCCACCUCAAGGAUCCUCUGAUGGAACACGGACGUCUCGCACAGAGAGGGGCCGCUCCCUCGGAAACGAGGGCCCGAGGAGGCUCCAUGCUCCACGUUCCCACAGCCAGAGUAAGUUACCUAGCCGUACUCGGUCCAGUGAUGCCAGCCCAAGUCCAGCUCCCUGCUACAGAGACCCUCAUCCCCCACCUUCAGACAGACGAGAGGACCCUCGGGCCAAACAAGUGCCCCCGUCCUCUCCCAGAGUAGGUGGUGGGUUCACCAAGAGGCAGUCGUCCUCAUGCUCUAACUCACCUGUUAAAGGGGUCCAGAGCAACAACACCGGCCCAAACAAAAAGACUGUAACUACUCCCAGACCUCCUGCCCCUCGCUCACCCUCUAUAGGAAAAGGCAGACUACUGCCACCGGUAACCUCAGGAGGUCGACGUUCACCACACUCAUCUCCCCGCAACUCUCACCAUCAUGCUGCACGCUCCCCUCGGACAUCACAAGGCCCGCGCUUGGCUGGGCGUGGCCACCAGAGGAACUGGCCUGGCCUGGAGCACCAGGAGCCCGAGGAGGGGGGACUAAGCUUUGGCUUCCAGAUACUGCCUACGCUAGACCCCCAGAGGGAGCAGGACUUGUAUCGCAGCUUUGAGGCUGAGUUUCUGGCCAAUACACAGCAGGCUAGAGGAGUUUCUAGUAAAGCCCCAAGAGGAGCGACCCUGCAGGGAGCUAGGACACAUUCAGUGCCAGCAGUCCCUGAUCCUAAUGUCACUGACUCUGCCUAUUCCUCCUCUAACUCCUCCAGCUCCUCCCUGAAUGUGGGGGCAAAGAUAGGAACUCUCCCUGACCUCAGGGAAUCCAAGAGAACUAAUCCCCGUCACUUCCCACUUGAAGAGCCCUUAAAUUUACUUUAUGAACACAAUUUUGGAGGACCACACAACUUUGGUCAACGAGAGCCUGAACACUGGGGGGAGCGUGGAAGGGGUCUCAAGAAGCUCCCAGCGAUCUCCAGUUCCAUAGAGGAGAGGGAAUUCCCAUCUUCCCUGCCAGGCCUUGGAGACACAGAGUCAGACAGUUUAAUGAAUCAGGUCCCCUCACUACCUGCUUUCCACUGUAGGAAUAUGAAUGGAGACCAUGGAGGUUGUCCUCCUACAGGGGGGCUUACAUGUCAGCAGGGUCAGCUUUCCUGGAGCACAGGGCCAGAAGGAGAUGUUCCUUUUGAGAUUCACCAGCCAAACCUACCUUAUGACCUGGAAAAUGAUGAUGGGAGUGAUGACCUCCCACCCCCAGAGGCUUGUCCGUCACCUGUGCCUCUUCCCCCUUCCGAGGACUGCUCCUUCCAGGAUUCCUCGAGUGAAAACUCUUCCAUGUGCUUCAGCUUGAGCGAAUCCCGCUCUGAGUCCCCCCCACCAUCUUCAUCCCUGGCCAACGGGGACACCGAUGGGGAAGUGCUGCAGAAUAAGAAAGGACAAAAGAAGGCAGAAAGGGUAGCCCCUAUCUCCAAGCACAAGCUUAGAGCAAGAAUCAGGCCUCGCACUGACAACAGGCCAGAAAACAGCCCCUCACGUAUUCCCACCCCGGUCAGCUACAGAGAUCUCCAGGCUCACGACACUCUUUCCCCUUGCCACACCCCACCGUUGUCCCCUCAUAGCUCCCAUUCUACUGGUCGUCCAGCCACAUGCAAGAGCCUGCACCAGGCCUUUGCGGAUAUGAUCCAUCCUCAGCCACGUUCCCCAGCCAUGGGCAACAAAGAUUGCCCCUACCCUGGACAGUCUGGAAGCCUGGACACUGAAGCUUGGAUGUAACACAAAACUCAUGGGUAUGACACAGGGGGUUGUUGUCAUGAACUUUGACUACUGUGUAAAAAAACAAAAUACAAACUUAAGAUUGGGCUAUAGGCUGUUUUCAUUGCAUGUAAAACACUCCUUCUUUCUCACUUAGUUUCUACCCUGAAUAACUGCAGGGGGUUCACGUUGCUUUUAUUUUGCACUCAAGCCAAAUUAUUUAUUACCAAAGGAAUGGUCUUUAAUACUACUUUUACUGUCGUUUUAAUGUAUGCAUGGGGUUGCUUCUGCCAAUAAGGGGGUGUUUUUUUGCAAGACACUUGUGAAAUUCUCAUGGUUGAUACAGAGAGGUAGAGAGAGAGCAUAUGUGCUGCCAUGUGCCCCACUGAGGGGGUAUGGUAAAGUGCCAGAGAUUUAAAGCUGCAACUCUAUAAACAGCGGAAACCACUACACCUUUAGUCAGAUCGAUUAGCUCCCUCUUGUGGUUUGCCAUAGCAUCUCUGCUUGCCUUGAUAAUCAAAGUACUGGUGGGAUGGUGACUGUGAUAUUUUCAGUCUCUCCACAUUAGUGGUCUUCAUAUAUGACUCAGUAUACUCAUAUUUACAAUAUACAACUAAGAGACAAAGGUACCCCGAUCAUUCUUGUGACUUUAUGAACACUACAUGCACUACCAAUCUCUGUACAGUUGUCUGAUGUUAUUAUUAAUGUAUGAUGUCAGCCUUUCACACUCAGUCGAUGUAGUCGAGACAGAUCCAAUGUUUUUAAAAUGAUAAAUGUGUUACAGGUUUUCAUGGUUAUGUUUAAUGCAGUAAAAUUUUAACUUCUACUUCUAAGUGGACUGAGUGUAAAAAUUUGAGGAGCGGUGAAGGUUGUAUUACUUUGUGUCAUUGUCACUGAAACAGAUAUGUUUAGCGUUCUUCCUCUGACCAAACAGUACUCUGGAAUACAAUGCUAAGUAUAUAUGCGCAGAAGUCAAACGUUAAGGAGAAUGAAUGUGUAAAUACAUGUUGAUGUGCUCACUGAAAGAUGUGGGUAUUUUGUAUAUAAAAAGGCAUUGAAUAUACAGUUUAAUGUACAUAUCCACUGUAUUAAGUUCUAUGCUGCCUUAGCUAUGCAAUAUUGGUGUUGGAAAUGCCUUGACAAUUCCCCUUUGCCUUAAAAUGUAUCACAGGUUCGUUUUUGAAUGUUUUUGCUCAGCAUCACUAAGAUCUAGUCGGUAACACUACAUUGCCAUCAUUAACUGUUUUUGAUAGUAGAAAUUGGAGAGUUUGAGUGUGAAUGUGGGGAAAAAAAGUGAGGACCAUUGCCAAUUUUUAUUAUAAAUUUUACUUGAUUUAGGUGUACAAUUCAUGAUAAAAAUGUAUUAUUUAUUGCCUCUAAAUCCAACUAGUUGUUUUGAAACACGAGAAGCCAGAUAACCUGCUUUGCUGAUUGAUUUCGAAGACAUGACACAAUGUGUGGUGACAUCUAGUGGCUAAAGACAGACAUAUUUUAUCCACAGUAAAAAGAGAAACUGUUUUCUUGACAUGGCAACCACUUCUUCCAUACUUUUAGAAAGUCUUGUUCUGGUGCUGAUUAAAGCCAAUAGAGCCAAUAAUGAUGGUAUGAAAAGGUGAAGUUUGAUGGAUGAAGAAUGAUUUUGACUUGAUUGACUGCAUGUGUGCAACAGUGCAUGAAUAAUAGAUACUGUAACUGGAUAUCAAGGUUCUCUUGUGGUAGCUCUUGCACAGUUAUCAUCAGUAAGAGAGGCCAGACUCCGGCUACAGUAUUUCUGUGUCUGGUAUUUAACUGCUGUGGACUUUGUAAAUUAUAACUGAAAGUGGAAAAGUAGGAAUUGUAGUGUCAGUGCCCUGCAAAAGCCCUAUAACCUCAAACAACAUCUUGUUGUAAAUUAAGAGAAAUUGGGGGCUAUUUCUUUUUGAAGUUUUACAGAGGUUAAAUGUUUCCCAUAGAGAUUAAGAGAGAAAAAACAAAAACAUUUGUGAUAAAAUCUUUUUUGCAGGACACUUACACAGUGAAUGGGCUAAUAUUAGGAAUGUGCAUAUCUUGGUGUACAUACUGUAUGAGAAUAUGUACAGAGUUGGAGUAAAGAAGGGAGUGAUGUUGGUCUAAUUUAUUUAUUUAUGAAAUCAAGUCUCAGUGGGCUCAAAUGACAUCUAUGUACCAAUUACUGUAAGUGAAUAAGUGUUGAGGGAAAUCCAAAUGAGGUGGGGCCUUUUAAGAUUUUUCAAUUUUUUCAAUAGUAUAUAUAUAGUAAAGAGACAUAAUCCUUCAAAAUGUUGCAAGUUUAAAAACUAGAAUGAUCCUACAGACAAACUAAACAUAUUUGGGCUGUUUUGCAGUAUUCACAGAUACAGAAAUUUGAUUUAAUGCUAACUCCUCAUUGCUACAAAUAAUGAUGCACCAGUAUUGUUAGAGCUACAUUGAUCCAAUAUGUAGCUGGUUAUCAGCUUUGUCUGUACAAACAGAUACAUUUACAUGUAUUCCAAUGGCUUUAAAUUCAAAUUUGUUUGGUCUUAUUUGAACACAUUUGCAUUUUGAUCAGCUGGUUUUUAAAAUCUACCAGUUAUGUGAACUGUGACUUCAUACAAACAUGCCAUUACAGUUGGUAAUCAAUCACAAAAUCAGUGAUUGUCCUUACAUAGUCUGCUAUUUGUCCUGAACAACUUUGCAGAUUUCAUGAAACUCUCUUUUCCUCUCUGUUCCCAACCAGUGAAAUCUGAAUGUUCAUGAUCAGACAAUUUCUUGUUUACUGAUGUUAUUUUCACUACAACUUCAGUUAAAUGUACAGAUUGCUUGAUAUUGUGGAAUUUGUAUGUAUGAAAUAGCAA